AUGACAAAAAUCGCUGUUAUCUAUUAUUCCAUGUAUGGACAUAUCUUACGUUCAUCUAAAGAAAUUGCUAAAGGAAUUGCCAAUGCUGGAGGAAAAGCGGAUUUAUUCCAAAUUAAGGAAACUUUACCCCAAUCAUUAGUUAGUCAAAUUGGAGGUAUUGAAAAACCAUCAAUUGAAGAAAUCCCUGAAAUUACUCCAGGUCAUUUAACUGAAUACGAUGGGUUCAUGUUUGGUAUUCCAACCAGAUAUGGUAAUUUGCCAUCUCAAUGGAAGAGCUUUUGGGAUCAAACCGGUGGAUUAUGGGCCAAUGGUGGCUUACAUGGUAAACCUUUUGGUUUAUUUGUUUCCACUGGUACCCCAGGGGGAGGUCAAGAAACUACCGCUAUUCUGUCAUUAUCAUCAUUUGUUCAUCAUGGUAUGAUUUAUGUUCCUUUGGGUUAUAAGAAUACCUUCCCCCUUUUAACUAACUUGAACGAAGUUCAUGGUGGUUCUCCUUGGGGUGCUGGAACUUUCGCAGGAGCUGAUGGUUCAAGACAACCAACUGAAUUAGAAUUAGAAUUACAUAGAAUUCAAGGGGAAGAAUUCUUUAAGACCGUUGAAAAGUUACUGAAAUAA